GGGCAGGGGCAGGGGCCUGGGCGCGCCGGCUGGGGCUUCGGCCGACAUGGCUGGGCGCGCGGGUGGGGGUGCGGGCAGUGAGGCGGAGUACGGGGCCGUUUGCCUGACCCGGGACGCGUGUGUUGCCAUCGGCUCUGACCUCGUGACGCACCAGAACCGCUGCGCAGAUGUGCAGGGGUUUGAGUGGGCGCAGCUGGGCCACGACACGCUUGGUGGCCGCCUCCUCGCCUACCUCCGUGACCAGGGCGCCACCGUACCGGACUGGGCCGUCUGCCGCGUGCCGGCCGGCCGUACCGCCGUCCUGGCACAGCUGCGCGACGAGUUCACUGGCUGGUGGCGCCUGUACUCAGCCCAGCCUGCAGAUACACCCCUGCCUUCCGACGUGACGGAGCAGCUGGAUGACGCCGCGCAGCAGGUGCAGACGGCCUACAUGGACUACGUGCUCCUAGACGCCCGCACCCUGCGGUCCGCUAAGCGUGGGCCGGCGAACCCCGGCGGGGCCAGCGGGCCCAGCCGCCGGCAACGCCAGCACCGCAGCCGCAGUACCUCCAGCCAUAUGAGCCUGGGCAGCGCUCCAUUGCACCCCGGCGGCGCCAGCUCAGGUGCCGUUAGCAUGAGCACCAGCGGCGGCGGCGCGCCCCCCAGCCAGGGUGGCGGCCGCCGCGGCAAACGCCACAGCAGCAACAGCAACCGCAACCGCCACGGCGCUGCCGUGGCCGGCGGGGGCUCAUAAUGCGGCCACCAGUGGGAGCGGCGAACCUUCGGCUGCUGACAGUGAAUGUCAACGGCCUGGGCUCGCCGUUGAAGGCGCGGGCGCUGGUCUCGCACCUGCAGCAAGUUGGGGCGGAUGUGGCGAUGGUGCAGGAGACCCACGCUACUGACACGACGGCGCUGGAGUCUUGCCUUCGUGCC